AUGGAGAGGGAGGAUAAUGGUAGCACGACUCUUCCCUCGUUAGAGUAUCAGCCUUCAAAUCCCACGGCUCAAGACGUCCCACCAAAGGGACCCUGGUUGAACACACGAGCGUCUGCUUCCAUCACGACGGCUCUCAUUCUCGUCGUUGGUAUAGCGGCAUCCACUUUGUGGGCUUUAUUUUUGGCGAGGACAGCCAGUAAACUACAGACGGAUGAGCUCGCUGUCAUUUCAGUCAGCCUUGCGCUUUUCGUUGGAGUAGUAGGAUUGACCGUCUUUGGUCUAUACGCUAUGUGGAAGGAAAGCUCGAGUCUCGUAGAGGCCUAUUUCUGGAUCUUCCUUCUCUAUUGGUUCCUCGAGUUGGCGUCCAUCAUCAUUUUGCUCGUCAUUGCCUACCCACGCAGAGACGCAGCAGCACUCAAAUCGUGCUCUCAACAAAAGGGAUAUCAACAAUGUUACGACCUCGUCACAAUAUGCAUCGCACUCGCUAUCGCCACACUCGCCCUUUACAAACUCAUCGGCAUCUGGGCCUUCUUUACCUUGCAUCGAUACAGGCAAGAGUUACUUUCGCGGAGAGCACAAAAAAACCCGUUGAUCCUCCGGUGGCUUCGACGCUCGUCGACUUCGUCAUUUGCAUCCAUAUUCGAGCGUAAGAGGUGGUGGUCAUCUUCAGAGAUUCCAACAAUCAAAGUCGACCCGGCCAGCGACGACUCUAGCGUCAGCGACUACUCCAACGACUCGGCGGGUUAUCGUUCCCAGCAGUUUGGCCCACCCGAAUAUCCAGCACUCGCCCCUUUACCACAAGCGCAUCUAGGAGUCCAUGGGCUCAACAUACCGUCUCCACAUCGUCGACACUGA